GGCGGAGUCUGAGUACCUUCUCAUGUUAUGCAGGGUGCCAUUUUGUUAACAUUCACUCGCUCGAUUCUGUAGAAAAUUGUCGAUAAGAAGCACCUGUGAUAAAACUAUGGCAGGGAAUUUGCCGAGUACAAAUAAAAAAGGAGAGUUCGUUAAACCAGAUGGAGAAUUUCGCCAAUGGGUUACAGCUGAUGGAAGCAGUGGAUUUAAGGCGGAACGAGACCGUUAUCAUCUGUAUAUGUCGUACGCAUGCCCAUUUGCAAGUCGGUGUCUUGUCGGUCGAAAGUUGAAAGGCUUGGAAGACAUUAUUCCUAUUACUAGUGUUGAUUACAUAAGACUUGGUGAAAAUGGCUGGAGUUUCACUGAUAAGAGACCAAAGUGUUCACUUGACCCAAUAUCAAACGCUAAAUAUCUUAAAGAUAUAUACUUAAAAGUCAAUCCAAAUUAUACGGGUAGAAUCACUGUACCGGUACUGUGGGACAAGAAAACCGGCACUAUUGUGAGUAAUGAGUCGGCGGAGAUACUGCGCAUGUUCAACAGUGCAUUUAAUGAAUUCUGCGCAACUGAUGAACAACGAAACAUUGACCUGUACCCUGAGGAGUUGAGAGAGAAGAUUGAUGGCGUGAACGAAUGGGUGACUCCGAAUAUUAGUAAUGGAGUUUAUAGAGCUGGAUUUGCCACCACUCAAGAGGCCUAUAAUGAAGGUGUAAAGGGUUUGUUUGAAAACCUGGACAAAGUUGAAGAAAUCCUAUCCAAAAAUCGUUUCCUGACCGGUGAUAGGUUCACAGAAGCAGACGUUCGUCUGUUCACGACUCUUGUGCGGUUUGACACCGUCUAUGUUGGUCAUUUCAAGUGUAAUAAAAAAAGGAUUGUUGACUAUCCCAACAUGUGGGGUUAUUUGAAGGAGAUUUACCAGAUGAAGGGCAUAUCUGAUACAGUUGAUCAAGAUCAUAUUCAGCAGCAUUACCAGGUAAGCCAUCGACACUUGAACCCAAAUGGAAUUGUUGCAAUUGGACCGGACCUGGACUUCAAUGCUCCGCAUGGCAGAGAAAAUUUGGUUGCAAAUUAGAUGAACUAAUACCAAAGAAUUCGUCCUGGACUGAAAUCCCUAGUAAAUACUGUAAAGAUUUAAUUUCACUAUGAAUUCUUCAGAUUUCAACAAAUUCUUCAACAAUCACAGAAUCUGGUAGUGUAUGCCUUGCAUCACACAGCCUAUGUCUAUUGGAAUGAUCAACCAAGAUGCAAUUUUCUGACUGCCAGAAAGAUAGAAUGAACUAAAAAGCAAACACAGGCAUUCUCUAUGCAGUAUUUAAAAAAGGUUUAGUGCGAAUUCUCAAGAGUCUGGUUUUCAAAUGUAUGAUUUUUAUGUACUGUACUGUACAAUAUGUACGGGAUAUUUGGUGUACGGGUCUAUAUUUAAACCUACUUUUAGCAUAUUUAUUUGAAUAGCGUAUGUAGUAGAAACAGUAUUAGAAUGAAUUAUACAGUAUUUGACCAAAAUAUUUCCUAUCAAACCAAUAAAAUAACCUUGGAUUAAAUACAGUACAGUACAUGCAUAUAAUACCCUAUUACCCCGGGCCCGCCAAAGAUUUUGAUUUGGCCCGCGCAAUGUUGCUAAAAAUUUUCUGUUUAUAGAAACAACACCUAGAAUUAUUGCCUUAACACCAACCACUGCAGGUGAGUGGAUAUUUUUGUGGUAGAAAAUGUCUAGUGGCAGGGUAGGAGAUCCUGGAGUGCAAUUCUAAAAUAAAAUGGAGAAAAGGAAAUUACAUUUAAAUUUUAAGUCUGAGAGUGCCAUUUCCGACAAUCUAGAGGCGCCAUAAUUAUAAAUUUACUUUUUUUCUUAUCUCAGCCCCAACCAUGGUGGGGCUGAGGUGAUGAUUUUUUCAUACAGUAUGUGAAAGUUCAUUUCUGGCCCCUUGUAUUUCAAAUUCACUGCUAUAAAAGAAAAUGGGUGGGCUGACAAAAAAUGGAAGUACACAUUACUUUAGAAAACUAAAAUCACCUUCCCGUAGAUUGCAUUCCCUUUUACCAUCAGUUCACCUUAAAACUACAAUUUUAGAAACAAUCGUGAAUUUGUUCUUCCUAAAGUGAACACGGAACGUUUUAGUACUAUACAGGAGUUUUUCAAAGAUGCUAGCCCUGAAAAGUAUUGUAUUGUUAAACUUCAAUCAUCAGUUAUACAGUAUUGUCAUGAUUGCAAUAAAGUGGAUUUUGAGAUUUUAUGCUGGUCUCAAGAGAUUGGAACUGGCCCCCACCUCCAGCUUAAUAAGGUUGAAUACCUGGGCCCUAAAGAGAUAACACUGUUCCAACGGUUGCUGGUGGUAAUAUAAAAAUAAUUGCAUACCAACAAGAGCACUCGCACCAAAUGGUUGUAGGGCUCUGGUGGCUAAACCUAUGUUGAAGACCCUCAGCCAAUCAGUGCCUGUGGAAUUUGUUGUGAUAGUUUGCAAUCGGAUUCUGUGGCAAUCAGGAGAACUGAAAUAAAGGUUGUAGCACGUAAUUGCAAAGGGUACUAAUUGCGAUAUCAAUUUUCGACCAAUAUUGGUAAAUUGCUACAACUAACGGUUGCGAUGUUGCUGGUGGUAAUCUGAAUAGGGUUAUUAGUGUGUACUGGACAAGGCGUUUGCAUGUUAUAUACUGUAGUACUGUAUACUUUUUUGUAACGAAUAAAGAAUAAAUUACUGUACAGUAAUUUAAUUUUCA